CAGGGUUUUGGUGUGUGUCCUUCGGUAAGCCCUUUCUCGCUCGCUCUUCAAUUGCUAUCCGUUGUUAAUUCAUUCAUUCCCUCUCCUCCCUUCUCAAAAACCACAUCAUUACCCUCUCAACACUGGAAAGGUAAACAAACACACUUUCCCUUCUUCAUUACAUGUAUUUCUUCCUAUGAAUUUCUCCUCUACUUCCGUUAUCCAAUUUCCCUUUACGAUUUCUACGAGCAUCAAGCGCUGAUAUCUGUUCUCGUCGCGCAAAAACAGAUAGCCUCUUAUUUACUUGAUAUUCUUUUAUAACAAUGAUUGUAUCUGGGUUGAGUGGUACUCUCUCAAGAUGCCCCCAAUUACCUCCUCGUUGCCUAGAAUCACGCCGUGUUCGGGUCAGCCCUUUUCCCGUGGCUGCUAGAUGUAUACAAGGGACCAACUUUCCCGGAGUUGAAAGAACAAGUUUUUCAUCUCCUAGAAUAAAAUGCGAUAGAAGACAGGUUCAGUUAGUUAGAAGUGCCAUGGAUGCUUCAUUUGGUGAUACGUCAAAUGAUUCUACCGCUGUUUUCCCAAGAAUUAGUGUGAGUGAUCCGUAUAAACGACUUGGAAUAAGCAAGGAAGCUUCUGAAGAAGAAAUUCAAGGAGCUAGGAACUUCCUGAUCCAAAAAUAUGCAGGGCACAAGCCAAGUAUAGAUUCAAUUGAGUCGGCUCAUGACAAAAUAAUCAUGCAGAAAUUCUAUGAGCGUAGAAACCCAAAAAUUGACUUGAAGAAAAAAGUUAGGGCAGUCAAUCAAUCCCGGUUUGUUCAGGCCGUCAGAGGCAGAUUUCGCACUCCAUCCACCAUAUUCAUUAUAAAAACUUCACUGGCAUUUUUGUUACUCGGUGUUCUGACUGUUUUCUUUCCAACUGAGGAAGGGCCAACACUUCAGGUGGCAUUAUCUCUGAUUGCCACAACAUAUUUCAUAUAUGAUCGGCUGAAGAGCAAGUUAAGAGCUUUGUUUUAUGGGGUUGGAGCAUUUAUCUUUUCGUGGCUAUUGGGAACCUUCUUGAUGGUGUCUGUAAUUCCUCCUAUUCCUAUAAUUAAGGGACCAAGAGCAUUUGAAGUGAUCUCAUCAUUGAUAACGUAUGUUUUAUUGUGGAUUUCAUCAACCUAUCUUAGGUGAAGGCUAAAGCUAUGUAUCUCAAUUUGACUGCUGAGUUUGUAGUUGAAGACUAGUUUUUGCAGUGGAAAUUUACACUUAUCUAGAUGUCAUUGUCAAAUUAUAGCUUUUCUGUUGAAUCGGGUUUUGUUUUCGUCAUUUAAAUUUUUAAAUGAGCAUACGUACUGGAAUUUUAGAGGCAAAACAAUGAUUGUGUCUUCCAAAUUUACAUACUACAUUGGACAUGUUCUUAUUUUGACAUGGGUAAAUGACCAAAGCUUUUCU